AUGCCACAGACAAGCCGCUCUGACAAGCCUGACGGACAGAACGCACACAAUGGCUCAAAUGUCUCUGCCAUCAACGGGGCGAACAUGCCGAAAGCCGACGAAGAAAACGGGGGCGGCCAUUGCUCCGAUGGAUCAGAGAAUGAUUAUGACCGAUUAAAGGAUUACCCGGGGACCAUUGACUAUUACAGCUUGCUCGCAUUAGCUCGAGACCCUCCGCCGACGGAAGCGCAAAUACGCUCGGCCUACAAAACGUUGACGCUCAGCUUCCACCCGGACAAACAACCCGAAGCGCUAAGAGAAGCAGCUACGGCGCACUAUAACAAGAUACGUGACGCGUAUGAGACCCUGUUAGAUCCCAAGAAGCGAGUUGUGUAUGACAUGUUGGGUGAAGACGGAGUGCGGCACACUUGGGCGGAGGGAGGGCUGAUGGGUAGAAAUGGAUACGCUGAAAGCCAGCAAAUCGGGGUGAAGGCGAUGGAUGAAGCUGAAUUCCGUCGCUGGUUUCUGGAGGCCAUGAAGCGUCGGGAGAGGGCUAUUUUGAAUGACCUGGUGGAUGCUAGUGGAGUGAUUCAUCUUUCAGUGGAUGCGACAUCUAUGUUCGAGACUACACCGGACGGAGAUGUCUCGAUACGUGUACCCAACCUGAGGCCAUCAGCGUUUUUACUUGGAUAUGCGCUUCCCAUACCACUUCCUGACCUGUCUUGGUUUUACUCCUCAAAAUCGGCGGCGAAUGGAGAGGAAAAUGAAGAUAGAGAUGAACCACCAACGGGUGAUGGAUUAUCUGCAAAUCAAAUGCCUACUAAGUUGCAACUACAGGCUUCAGUAAACGGUCGUUUUGGAAAGACGGUUCAGACCGUCAAACUUUUAAACCCGGAGACAGGAGAAAAAUUUGACGGACAAAUGCGAAUACCUCUAACGAUUCGUAAUGCGAACGUUAAUUUCGGAGCUACAUUUACACACGUCAUCAGCAAUGACCCUUCCAGACGAGGUAUCCUCAAAGGGCCGCUAUUAUCGUUUCUCGGCGAAGGAGGUGUAGUUACCUGUGACUGGUCAUCAGGAUCGCUUUCAUGGCCAGAAUUCCUUAUGGGUAUGUUCAUGGAUGCUGGCAAACGCGACCAAUACGGUGGAUUUCUGAGACUAUAUUCGAUGAGUGGCAUUUCGAUCGGAUACACGAGCUUGCCGACAAUACUGCUACCUGCAGACCCACAUGACGAUGAUCACGAGACGGAUGAAGGUGAUAGGGAUAUGCUUUUUCCGGACCAUAACUAUAACCACCCCAAGCAGCCUCAGCAGCUGCCGAAGCCCAAUGAGACCUGGGGUUUCAACCUUGGUUCAUCGCCAGCGGGCGUUAACCUAACCAUGCAAUAUGGACGGACGAUUUUUGCACGGAAGCCGGCGGAGCCAUUACGUUCCGAGUGGAGUAGCGAGGGCUAUUAUCCCAGCAAAAGUCGGAGUGGCAGCGGUGCCAUACGGCUAGGGCUUCGCGUGGUGAUUGAGAGUGACCUCAGCAUGGGCUGGUCCCUGUCUGGCUCACGGAGAGUUGGCGAAUUCACCCGCAUGGGAUUGACAGUGUCUACAAUUGGCGGCAUGGGGCUUGGUUGCAGUGUCUCAUGGAGUAGAUUGGGGCAAACCUUCAAAAUACCCAUAGCUUUAUGUCCCGUUGACAAAAUCACCGGUGAUCUGUGUACCUUGGCGGUCAUAAUGCCGGCCGCGGUCUAUGGAGCGGUUGAAUUUGGAUACCUGCGUCCCAGGGCUCGGCGGAGGGAAAAGCAGGAAAUCGCAAAGAUGCAAAAGAGACUUACAAAACUGGUUGCGAAGCGGAAAGCAGAAAGCGUGCUGGCAGUUUCAAUGAUGAGGGAUCAGGUCUUGCGAAGGCAGGAUCGGGAAGCUGAACGAGACGGGUUGGUGGUUGUUCACGCUGAAUAUGGAUGUCCGCCAACCUCGACCUUGAAGAAUAAGAAGCAACAAAACUGGACCACUGCAGUUGACGAAUGCUAUGAAGAAGGCAUGAUAGAUGUCACGAUUCCGGUCGCGGCACUAGUUGAUCAGGGACACAGACAUCUGGGUGUCGUGUACAGAAUAUGUACAGCAGAGGAUAUAUACUUCUCGGAAGCAAAACAGGAAUGA